AUGCGUCAACGCCUUAUAUUGGAACGGUGUGGUGCCUCGUUUGUUGCCAAGUCGCCUGAUGUUGCAAUUCGUUCUGCACCUUUUGUCGGUGUUUAUAGUGAGCCAAGUUUUGUUAAUGUCCACCAAGAAUAUAAUCUUAAUCCGUUUCAACCAAUUUCUGAUACCGCAAUUAAUGACCCAAUAAGCUUGAGCUCAAAUGAUGCAAAUUCAGACGUGAUUGAAAUUCCUUUCCACUCGUAUUUGCCGAGGCCUUCUCCAUCGCCAGAUGGAUCGGAUAACUUCUAUAGCAGAAAUGAAUAUCGAAACAAUUACAAAAUCACUGAAGAAGAGAAUGCCGAAUUUAAUGACAUCAGAACACCACUCGGUUAUCGGAAAUAUGAGUUCGAUCUAACCAGGGCAUGUAAUGUCCACAGUAGUGCACAUUUCCAUUCAGAUUCGAAUCGUCCUCAUUGA